AUGCAGACCGCAACAGUGUAUAGUGCUGCCAGUAGUGCCACUGAAAUGCAUCCGGAGAACACCCGUCCACCUCCGAAUCCAUUGCCUGAUGCCCUGCGCCAAGCAGAGUACCGACAUGACCAUGCCAAGUCCAGCACAGCACAUGCCAGUUCCUGCAUGGACACCGUGAAUCACUGGGAACCAGGGGAACAUAAUCUGAUUAACCACCAACAUGAAUUGAAUCAUGACGGUAUGCACAAGCACACAGUCAUCCCACAUGACUGCCUGCACACGGUAUCCAAGCGACCAGUACAGUCCAAUGCCCUGCCAAUGGCAGUGACUCCAUAUGAGCAUGCACAGGACACAUUUGGUCCAGCUACUGCCCUGAACAACCAGGUAGAGAAGUCCGACAUGAGCCGUCCAAUGUGUACCUCUCAGGCAGUGCCACUGGCAAAUGAUGCGUCAAAAGACACACAUGCUGCACACACCAGCUUUCAGGCCAUGCCCCCUACACGACCAGGGUGGGGGGGCUCAACUCACAUGAUGACAGGCCAAGCAGCAAAAGACCCGAAAGCCCUGCAGCCAGCAGUGUGCCGACCUGAACCAUCAACGCGAUCUGAAACAGCAUCAGACACCCAUGUCCCUCCCACCUCCGUUCAUGCCAAGCCCCUUCCACGCUUAGGGUGUGGGGGCCCCUCCCAAUUGAUGACAGAAAAAGCAGAAGAGGAAUCAAAUGCCCUGCGGCUAGCAGUGUACCGACAUGAACAGCCAAAGAGACAUGCUGAAUCAUCGAGUACCCAUGUCCCUCCCACCCGCUUUCAUGCCAUGCCCCUUCCACGCUUAGGGUGUGGGGGCCCCUCCCAGUUGAACAUGGAUGACUCUGUAAAGGGAAAAGAGGAUCAAACUGAGGCGCAUGAGUCUGGAGUCAGAGUGAAGGACAAAGGCAAUGAAGACCAUUCGCCCAUCACAGUGCGAUCGGACACCCCUACCAUGUCAGACACAGUGCAAUUCCAGCCAGUUCUGAAAGGUUCGAUUCAAUGGAAAGACUUUGAUGAGACCUUUUGGUUUGCAGCCGACAUCCCAGCCAGCCAUCUGGAGAGAGUUUGGGAACUUGGAACAUGUUGCAGCUACACGGAUCUGAAAGAACAAACAGCUGCAUGGUUGUCUCCCAUGAGAGUGAUCCACACAGAAGAGGAAGAAGAUGACAUCCCGAGAUCCUGCGUGCAAAUCCUCAUGGACAAUGAUUUGUCCAUUCUGAAAGUGGAACCCCAGGUACCGCUGUUACAACAACAGCACAUCACAUCGCUGGCUCAGACCUUGUAUGAUCAGUUUGGACAGGUCCCUUUGGACACAUCCGUGGACCAACUUCCCAUGAAUGCCAGACGCCAGGCCACUUUGAUUCAUGCAGUCAUGGCCAUACGUGGAGGUGGACAAGGCACCAAAAUGCAACAAAGAGCUGUCCAACAAAAUGCUUUGGCCAGUACCUUGUUGGACCAUGGCUUCAACUUGACUUGGACCACGAAAGCUGUAGAGACCAUCAUGGACAAAUUUGGACUUGGAAAGCUCCAAUCGGUGAACUCACAACCCAUGGGCAAUGCAAAAAUUCAAGCAAUUUUUGCCCUUUGCAAAGAUGCAGGGAUUGCCAUACCAGAACCUGCGAAACCCAAGUCAGGCAAUGACAUCCCAGGCUCCUUGACCCAACGACGUAAGAAGAGGGCCUCAGACUUCAAACUUAAUCCUGCAGAUUACACACUGGUGGAAGGAUUUUUCACAAAGGAAGAUGGAUCACAGAUGCCACAGAUGAGUCAGCUUGCCCCGCAAUCAUGCGGCAUUUGCCUUCAGACAGUGUCACAGGCAGAGGUAUGGGUACGGGAAGGACAAAAGCUCAGUGCAGAUGAGCUUGGACUUCUGGUUUUAGGCCCUAUCCAAGUACCUGCUGGACUCACAUCAGAAGAGAUUACCUUCCCAUGCUUCAACAAUGACAAUCAAAUGGUUCUCAUCACGGCAACAUUGAUCCAACUGGGAGCAAAGACCAUUCAACACAAGCAGGGAGAUCCUAAACAAGUUCCUUCCGAAACAUGCAGUCUUGUAGCGGUCACCUUGUAUCGAGAAGAUUGGCAAGACGAUGAUUGGAGGCUAUUGCCGCCAAGAGAACAACAUGGAUCAGAAAAAAUCUUGUUGGGGCCCAGACCAAAGCCACAGCCAGGACAAGUUGGAGAUCCAUGGCACCAAGGCCAAGACCCCUGGGCCAACUAUGGUGCGUCAAAGCCACCUAUCGCCAUGCCUGCAGCUGCUAUGCCACCUCAACAAGGACCCACAGAAAAACGUUUUCUGGAACAAGAUGCUAAGAUUGCCACAAUUCAAGCAAGCCUUGAUGAAUUGGCACAGAACCAAAAGCUCCAUGCAAAGCAGGUUGACAGCCAAUUCAAGCAAGCGGCACAGAGAGAACAAGACAAUCUCAACAAGAUGGAUCAAGCGCUCAAGCACAUUGAGAUGACUGUUGACAAUGCCAUGCAAAAAUCCAUGCACCAAUAUCAAUCAUCGAUGGAUGAAAAAUUCCAGGAGAUCAAAAGUUUGUUCCUGAAUAACAAACGACCUGCCCCAGCCGAGGAAUCAGAGAUGGAAGACUGA